AUGGCGGUGUUGGUGAUGGCAAUGGCGGUGGCGAUGGUGGUUUGUGGGGGAGUAAGUGGUAGAGGAGGUAGGGGUGGUGGUGGUGGUGGUGGUGGCGGCGGUAGCAGUGAGGUGGUGGAGGAGGUGGGGGUGAUAGGUCAAUGUGGUGGAGGUGGUGACAGUGGAGUGAUGGUGAUAGUGAUGGCGGUAGUGGUGGUGACGGUGGGGCUAGUAGUGGGAGCGGCGGUGGGUGGUGGUGGAGGUGGCGGUGGUGGAGGUGACGACAAUGACUGUGGUGGUGGCGGCGGCGGCGACGGCUAUGGUGAUAAUAUAAGUGGUGAAAUCAUAUAUUGA